UUGAGGACAAAAAUAAUAAGUAUCAUAAAAAUGUCUGAACAAAAGAAUCAAACAUCAACUCUCCUAUUAGGAGUUGCAGCUGGAAUUCUUGGAUCUUUCCUCAUUCACAAGUGGAUGUCUCCCUCAUCCAGCUCUACUUCAGCCAAAGAGGAGAAAAAGGAAGAUGAGAAAUCCCAAAACGAGCCUAAAAAGGUGAAAUUCAACAAAGAAGUAAUCGAACAGGAGGAGAUAAAAGACAUUAUUAACCUUGCCAUUAAGGAAACUAUUGGGAAACUUAGUGAGAAACAUUCUGAUAAAGACAAAGGAUUUAAGGUUAUCCAGCCAGCCAUGAGGAGGAGGUACUCCGAAAAUGACGAGCCUAUUAUUAAAAUAUGAUUCACGGGAGGUCCAUGCGCUGGGAAGACCACUGCCAUGUCUUCUCUCUUCAACUCCCUCGCGAGCCUUGGGUACAGGGUCUUUAUAGUUCCAGAAGCAGCUACAACGCUAAUGAAAGCUGGGUUUUUGAUUGAUAAUACAAACUUCACUAGACUCAACGAGAUCCAGUUCCAGAGUUGCCUUAUGAGGUACCAGAUCUUUAUCGAAGAUCUUAUAGUAGAGUACGCAGCUUCUACUUCUGAUAAACCAGUAGUGAUUCUUUGUGACAGGGGCCUUAUUGAUGGCAAAGCUUAUGUCUCAGAGCAAGUGUGGCAGAGUAUCCUAGAUGAAAUGUCAUGGAACGAAGUCCACCUUAGAGACUCAAGAUACGAUGCAGUUGUACAUAUGGUCACAGCAGCUGAUGGAGCAGUCGAACAUUAUGAUUUAGGAACCAAUGAAGCUAGAUAUGAAGCAGUUGAGCCAGCAAAAAGAGUUGAUCAAACCAUUAGAAAGAACUGGUCCGGUCAUUCACAAUUUUACCUUAUUGAUAACAAAGUGAAAUCUUUUGAGGAGAAAAUUGAUAGAGUUGAAAGAUGAGUUUUGAAUCUCCUCGGAAUUCCACAAGCUACAAUCUUCAACUGUAAAUAUCUUGUACAGACAUAUGAAAUCAACGAGCCAGGUAUUUCAAUCGAGAACUUCACUGUAAGAGAGUUUUUCCUGACUUCUCCACCCAACAUGGAAGUGAAAAUAAUCCAAAAAGGAGAUAUGAGGUCAUUCAAUUACACAUUGGAGACAAAGGUUUUUAAGGAAGACCAGUGCACUACGAGAAAGAAGCAGAUUUCUUCCAGAGAUUUCAUUCAGAUGAUUCAUGAGAAGCAAGACGACACUAAAAUAGAGCUUGAGAAGACAAGAAUGAGUUUUAUCUACAAGAACCAGUUCUUCGUGAUCGAUACUUUCGAGAAUAUUGAAGGUAGACCUUCCCUUUUAAGAAUCGAAACUGAGAAUGAUGUCGAGAAGGUAGAGAGACCCACCUUUAUUAAGUUUAUUCGGGAAGUUACCGACGAGGAGGAAUACUCUACCUAUAAUAUGGCCAACAAAGAUUACAAGAUGCCAGAGUCAGAUCUUAAGAUCCUUUCUGAACUCAGACAGAGCGAGACACUUGAGAUUGUUCCAAAUGAAGAUUAAGCACCAUUCAUAAUUUCAGCACUUAA